AUGGACCUCAGCUCGGAAAAGAUACAGCGGAUCCUCUCAAAGUACAAGUUUCGUGAUGUUGCCAUCGAGGAGCUGCAGAAGAUCAACCGCAUCCACCCUGGGAUGAAACCAGUGACCGGCACUUACACGUACAGCGACAGCACCCAGAAAGAUCUCCUGAAACUGAUCGGCAACCUUCCCGUCAAGUAUGAAGGCCGCACCUAUAACCUUCCCAUCCAGCUGUGGCUCCUGGACUCCUUCCCCUUCACGCCUCCCAUCUGCCUGCUGAGACCCACCCCCAACAUGGUCAUCAGAGAGGGCAGGCACGUCGAUGCCCAGGGGCGGGUUUACCUGCCAGGGCUGCACAACUGGGAUUAUCCAAAGUCAUCCGUGGUGGGUCUUCUGGCUGAGAUGACCUCCAAGUUUGAGGAGGAGCCUCCGCUGGGCUCCAAGACCACAGGGGACAGCAAAGACCCUCACGCACUGCUGGCCUUUGUCUCCAAUCUCCAGAUCAAUGAUGGUGGGGUCAGACAUCAUGAUCAACCAGUCACCAAAGUCUCAGUUAUUGGGGGAGGAGACUUGGGAAUGGCAUCAGUGAUGAGUAUUUUGGCCAAGGGCAAAGUGGAUAAACUUGUUUUCAUUGACGUUGCUGAGAGCUCCACCAAAGGCGGCAGCACAGAUCUGGAGAUCUUCAAUCUGCCAAAGGUGGAAGUAUCCAAAGAUUUGUCUGCCUCUGCAGGCUCCACGGUGAUUGUGGUGACAGCGAAUGCGUGGAGCAACGAGCAGUCGUACGUGAGCGUGGUGCAGACCAACGUGGACCUGUACCGGGGCAUCAUCCCAGGCCUGGCACGGCUCAGCCCCAGCGCGGUGAUGCUCAUUGCCUCACAGCCAGUGGACAUUAUGACCCAUGUGGCCUGGAGGCAGAGCGGCCUGCCCCCGACUCGGGUGAUCGGAGCAGGGUGCAACCUGGACUCGGAGCGACUUUGUCACAUUCUGGACAUUAACCUGAACACUCACAAGCAGGCCUGGGUCAUAGGCGAACUUUCAGACAAUAAAGUCCCUGUGAUGAGCAACGCCGGGGUGAACUCCGGCCUGCAACCAGAGAUCGCUCCCGGCUCCGGCUCCACCAAGCCACUGUUAGACAGAGCCUUUGAGAUGAUGAAGAGUCGAGGCCAGCGGUCGUGGUCCGUGGGUCUGUCCAUCGCCGACAUCACCCACAGUAUCCUGACAGACAGGAAGAAGACCCACUCGGUCUCCACCCUGGCUCAGGGCUGGGGUGGCAUCGGUGCAGAAGUGUUCCUCAGCCUGCCGUGCAUCCUGGGAAAAAACGGGUCCACACGACUGGCCGGAGCAUCUUUAGGAACAGAGGAAGACGCCAAAGUGAGGGACAGCGUCACCUCCCUGUUUAACCUCAUCGCUCAGCUGAGGAUAUGAUCCUGCCGCCAGCUGCGGCGAGUACGGCUGAAUUGAUGACUCUGGAAAAGGCCUUGGUUCUUCAGCAGAUGGACUGCCUGAGCUGAAGUUGAAAGUAGUUUCACUUAAUUACCUCUAAAAACGGUGACGGAUAAAAGAGCUAUCUCAUAUCUAUAAUGGAGCCUUUCAGAUUUGUUCCUCCAUGGUCACCUGAUUUUCUGCAUUCACUGUGGGUAAAAUGUUAAGCAAUAGCCAUGCAGUGGUUAUAACCAUGUGGUGGCAUUUUGGUACUUCAUCAAACUCCUCAUACCUGUGAGAAAAUAGUUAUUUUACAUUAUGAAAAUCUCCAAUUUGGUUACAUGUUACAGGAAUAAAAGCAAUAAGCAAUGUUACCGGUAAUUUCUGAAACCCCUGAAAUAUGCAGAAACCUUAGAAUAAUAUCGAUGCCAGCAGUUCUUUAAAUGCUAACACAUGCUUAUUUUUGUCAGUAAGAAAUCAAAAUGUAUUUAUCACAGUUUAUAUUUACUCCAAAUUCUUAUUUUGCCAAAGAAUGUUUUGUGUAUGUGAUCACACAAUCAAUGUUAAUGCACUUUUUCACUGCUAGGUCUUUAACCAAUACCUCUGACUAAAACCAGAGUGCAAUGAAGUGAAAUGAAAUAUGAAGCAUGUAUAUUUUAUACGGUCCAGGCAGGGUAUUGGUGGCAAGGCGUGCUGUGUUGUCCGACUAACCUUGUGCAGCUCACAUAAUGGCCUUACACUAAUGCAUUAAUGUUAUUUCCAUGUUAUCUCCUGUAUGACAGAGCUUAUUGAGUGCCUUCCUAUUUAAAAUGCCUUGGCUAUCAUUUUUGUUUACUUUGUUCUGUGAAACGCACUUCUAGAAAUGAAGUGAUGUGCUGUGUGUACUUCUAUACAAUUUUGUGGGUGUGCAAUAAACAGAAGACUACA